UUAGUCUCAACUUCCUGUCCAUGGCGAAGCCUCGGGCUGCGGACUGUCUCUUCUUCCCCGCUUCUCCCUUCACCCCCUUCUUCCUCCCCAUGGAGACCCAGCUGCCAUUGAGCACAGUGCAGGUGGGCUUCUAGGCAAGAUGUCCCUACCAAUUGGAAUGCAUCCUCGGGCAUUCAGUUAUGAUGAUGUCCUGGAGGAUCCCACACCGAUGACUCCGCCUUCAUCAGACAUGUGCAGUAAGGUUCUAUGGAAAAAGCCGGUCAUCCCAGAUUGGAAGUACCAACAGCUUUCCAAGGUUGAGGAUGGUGAAACUAGUUUGUCCUCUCCUUCCAUAACCCCCUCAGCUUCCAGUGACCAAAUGAACAAGGUCCCAGUGGUGAAGGCCAAAGCUAUGCAUGUCAUCAUGAAUUCUCUAAUUACAAAACAGACACAAGAGAGCAUCCAACGCUUUGAACAGCAAGCAGGGCUGAGAGACGCAGGAUAUACUCCCCAUAAAGGCCUCGCCACAGAAGAAGCCAAGUCCCAUCAUGUGGCGGAGGCUGUCCAUAAAUUGAAAUUGCAAAAUGGAGAAAUAACAAAAGAUGAUAGAUUGACUGUUUCAGCCCAGUCCACUCAAAGUAGCACACCCCAUUCUUCUCCCAGGCAAAAGCCCAGAGGUUGGUUUGCUCAUGGAUCUUCUAAUUCUUUACCGGGCCUAGACAUCAGCAGUAUGGACUCUGGAAAUGGAGAUAGAGACAAACCCUCAUCUGAAAAAUGGAGCCUUUUUGGACCAAGAACGCUUCAGAAAUCCGAUUCAGGUUUCAGUAUCCAGUCCUACAGAGGUAUGCAGAAACCAUCACCAGUGGAGCUCAUUUGGGCUCAGGCUACUAGAAUUACAGAAGACCCAGCAGCCUUCAAGCCACCUAAGAUGGACCUUCCAGGAAUGGAAGGAAAGAAACCAGCUCCACGGGUCCAUAACCUCAAGCCAAGAGACAUGAAUGUGCUGAUUCCCACAGGGUUCUAAAGCUCCCUUUUCAUUUGCUUUUCCUGCUGACC